UCCAAAAAAAAAAGGCAGGGGCUUAGAGAGGUUCACACACCCUAAUCUCCCCAAAACUCCACACAGUUCUGCAGCACACAUGCCCACAAACACACACACACACACACUUCAAAUCUCAGUUUCAUCUCUCUUGCACUAAAAAUGCUCUGUUGGGAAUUGAGUUUAGCCCUACUGUUCACCGGCUUCCCAGCGUGGGCUCUGCCUUCAACUAACAUCAAGAUCACACAAGCACUGCCCCUGCAACUGACAGACUCAAACCAGCAUGUGACAUGUCCGCUCUUCUGGACUGAAUUUGAGGGUUACUGUUACCGCUUCUUCCCCUUGAACCGCACCUGGGCCGAGGCAGAUCUGUACUGCGCUGAAUUCUCAAACGGACACAAAUCAGCCAAACUCACCUCCAUCCACAGCUGGGAAGAAAAUGUGUUUGUCUAUGAUCUUGUGAACAGCCGUGUACCAGGAAUUCCAACAGAUAUUUGGAUUGGCCUUCAUGACAGAAGACAGGAGGGCACUAUGGAAUGGACAGAUGGGUCACCAUAUGAAUACAAUUACUGGGAUGGAAAUCAGCCAGAUGAUGGCAUCCAUCGCAUCCCUGAGGAGGAGGACUGUGUGGAGAUCUGGUACAGACAAAACAGUGCUCUGAGGUCUUGGAAUGACAACAACUGUGAUAAGGCCUUUCCAUUCGUCUGUAAGAUUCCGACACUGGAAAGCUAAGCUCAGGUCUAAGAUUGUUCUCCAGUUCUUUAUCAUCAUUCAUCAUCAACAAUGACAUCCCAACAUCCCUCGAUCACAGUGUAGCAACAAGAUGUCAGCUCGUUGGCAUUCCUGCAGUGAUGAUGGUCUCUCUCUAGCCUGUUAUAGGCACUUCAAAUGCUUUUUUCUCCCUUCCCUCCAGUUCCCUGCCCCCAUCAUCCCUCCAUCACUGUUGCUGUUUUCUUGUUCCUCGGGGGCCAUGAAUCAAGAUGUUCACAUUCCUCAGUUCAACACUUUUGGGAAUGAACCUUUUCUUUUCUCACCAGGAGCUGUUGCUUAUAUUAAUAUUGACGUGGUGAUGUUGUUGGGAAUUAUCUUAAGACCUGUUUGGUCUCCACAGAGAUAGUAAGCUGCAGUAUUAGUGUUAUAGGCUAUAGGACAAAUAGGGUAUAUUUGCAGAAAACUUUCUGUAAUUUUUGUAAGAGGAUGGUCUUAUUUUUAAUGUGUGUCCACUGCUUGACUCCUGAGACUGGAUCUGGCAUCCAGUAAAUGCUGCCAUAAUGUCCAGCCUUGCACAUUUAUCUAUCACUGACCUAGAAGGUGAGAUUCUGAAAGAGAGGGGAUUUAAGUCUCUGUUGACUGCAAAGCUUCAAACGACAGAAAGAGCUUAACCUUAGCCAGGCUGAUGACCUUUUCUGCUUUUCUCUCCAAUUAGUGACCAAAAAAAAAAAAAAAAAA